CCGUUACGAAGGCAGACACAGGGCAACAAUCAUUCGCCCAUCGGUAUCCCUGGGAGUCAUCGGGAUGUUUCGUUAUUUGUUUUUGUCUUCGGUCCAACGUCAUGACCAAGUUCGUGAGAGUAGCCUGGUGAAACCAGAAUAGAAGCGAUGUUUCUUAGUCGAAUGGAAUCGGUAAGAGAAGAUCCGGCCCUGUUCCAUGUGUUGUGUAGCAUGCUAGGAGUACCGUGGGAGAAACACAAGUUGUACACAAACACACGCACGCACACACAAUUGGCAGAAAGGGUGUUUUAUUUUUUUGUUUUGAUGUUAUGCGAGGAGGUCCGGCCCAGCCCUCUAUGCCUUGUUUACAACAAUCCCUGCUUUAAGCCUGUCUCACUACAUUUGCGGAGAGGAGAGGGUUUUCGACCUCUUGGCGAUGGACAAUGGACGAUGGUUUGGCAAUGGGAAAUUCCCGCCCACUCACAUACACUCUCUCCCUCUCCCGAUAGAGGACUCGGGAAUGUUGGAAACAUGUCCGAAACAGACAUACAAAAUACUUGUAUAGCGGAUUGGAAUGGGAGCCCCGGAGCCCGCCCCGAUGUUGGUCCCAUCGUGCCAAUCACCGUUGAAUCAGGACAGGGCGCACAUGACCAUUAUGACAUCUUCAUGUCUGGGUUUGUCCACAGAAAAAACGCAUCAUUCCUUUGAACAAUACCAAAAGGCGCUAAAAACCCUGGCGACCAGAGUCCUGGGAUGACUGGUAGAUGGAAUAUGGAUACCUGCUAAGUACGUAUCUACAGGUUCAGGGCUGUACUUAGUUCUUUGAAGGCAGAAAACCGAGAAGAAAAAAAGCCGGACCCGGUUGUGGGAGACCGAAAGGUGGAGAACAUUUGGCCCUUUCCAGUUUGGAGGAUCUGA